GCUCCCCGACUCCCUCCUUCCCUCGUUUAGGCUCUUCAUGCUUCCCCAGCACUGCAGCAGAGGGAAGAGGAGGGGGAGGAGGAGGAGGAGGAGGAAGAAGACUGCAUAGUGAAAGCCCACAGCUACUUUCCCGCCCCUCCUCUCUCCUCUGACACGCUCACGGGCUCCUUAGGGAGGAUUCACCAUUGCACACGCUGAGAGAGAGAGCAGCCGCAGGAGAAACAAAGCGAGAAAUAGAGAGAGGGAACCCUGGGGAGAGAGCGGGACCAGGCGAAGAGAGCAGCAGCAACAGCUGCGGCACCUCGAACAGAGGGUGGGAGUUCCCUCAGCUUCGGAACGGUUUUGUUUUAGAACCUGAAGUGGACCAUGCUUUCGGUACUCCCCAACUGACAUCAGGCCUGGGCCAGAUUGUGUCCUACAAUCAAUCUGCAUCUUCUCACCUGCCACAGGUCAGCAGAAGAUGGAUGACUCCCAUAGGGACAGGACCUCCUUAGUGAAAGGUGCUAAGGACAUUGCCAAAGAAGUGAAGAAACAAACAGUGAAAAAGGUGAAUCAGGCAGUGGACCGGGCCCAGGAUGGCUACACCCAGAGGUCCUAUAGCCGGUUCCAGGAUGAAGAAGAAGAUGACGAUUAUUACCCAGCAGGAGAAACCUAUGAUGGGGAAGCCAAUGAUGAUGAAGGGUCAAGUGAAGCAACAGAAGGCCAUGAUGAAGAUGAUGAAAUUUAUGAAGGUGAAUAUCAGGGCAUUCCCAAUCAAAAUCAAGGGAAAGAUAGCAUCGUGUCUAUUGGGCAACCCAAAGGGGAGGAAUAUAAGGAUCGCAGUGAAUUGGAAUCAGAAAGAAAAGCUGAUGAGGAAGAAUUAGCCCAGCAGUAUGAGCUAAUAAUUCAGGAAUGCGGCCAUGGACGUUUUCAAUGGGCCCUUUUCUUUGUCCUGGGGAUGGCUCUCAUGGCGGACGGUGUGGAAGUAUUUGUGGUGGGCUUCGUACUGCCAAGUGCUGAGACUGACAUGUGCAUACCAAAUUCUGGAUCUGGAUGGUUAGGGAGCAUAGUGUACCUCGGGAUGAUGGCGGGGUCAUUCUUCUGGGGCGGAUUGGCAGACAAAGUGGGAAGGAGACAGUCUCUUCUGAUUUGCAUGUCUGUCAAUGGAUUCUUUGCCUUCCUUUCGUCAUUUGUCCAGGGUUAUGGCUUCUUUCUCUUCUGUCGCUUACUUUCUGGAUUUGGGAUUGGAGGAGCUAUUCCAACUGUCUUUUCCUAUUUUGCUGAAGUACUUGCCCGAGAGAAACGAGGGGAACACCUGAGCUGGCUCUGCAUGUUCUGGAUGAUUGGAGCUAUCUAUGCCUCAGCCAUGGCUUGGGCCAUUAUCCCUCACUACGGAUGGAGCUUUAGCAUGGGUUCUGCCUACCAGUUUCACAGCUGGCGAGUGUUUGUGAUUGUCUGCGCUCUCCCUUGUGUCUCCUCUGUGGUGGCCCUCACUUUCAUGCCAGAAAGUCCCAGGUUUUUGUUGGAGGUUGGGAAACAUGAUGAAGCUUGGAUGAUUUUGAAGCAGAUCCAUGACACUAAUAUGAGAGCACGUGGCCAACCUGAGAAAGUCUUCACUGUGAACAGAAUCAAAACUCCAAAGCAGAUUGAUGAAUUGAUUGAAAUCGAGAGUGACACAGGGACCUGGUACAAGAGGUGCUUUGUUCGAAUCCGCACUGAAUUGUAUGGAAUCUGGUUGACUUUUAUGAGGUGCUUUAACUAUCCAGUUAAGGAGAAUACUCUGAAGCUGACGGCAGUUUGGUUCACCUUGUCUUUUGGGUACUAUGGAUUGUCUGUCUGGUUCCCUGAUGUCAUCAAGCAUCUGCAGUCUGAUGAAUAUGCAGCCCAUGUGAGAAAUAUUGGUAGAGAAAAAGUGGCCAAUUUUACUCUCAACUUCACCUUGGAAAAUCAGAUCCACACCAGUAUAGAAUACGACAAUGGCAGGUUUGUGGGAAUGAAGUUUAAAUCUGUAACUUUUAAAGACUCUGUUUUCAAGAGCUGCACCUUUGAGGAUGUGACCUCCCUGAAUACCUAUUUCAGGAAUUGUACAUUUAUUGACACUCUUUUUGACAACACAGAUUUUGAGCCAUAUAAAUUCAUUGACAGCGAAUUUAAAAACUGCACAUUUUUGCACAAUAAAACUGGGUGUCAGAUCAGCUUUGAUGACGACUAUAGCGCCUACUGGAUUUACUUUGUUAAUUUCCUGGGUACCCUGGCAGUGUUGCCAGGGAAUAUUGUGUCUGCCCUGCUGAUGGACAGGAUCGGCCGUUUAACCAUGCUAGGUGGAUCUAUGGUGCUUUCUGGGAUUAGCUGCUUUUUCUUAUGGUUUGGCACCAGUGAAUCCAUGAUGAUAGGUAUGCUGUGUCUCUACAAUGGCCUGACCAUUUCUGCCUGGAAUUCCCUGGAUGUGGUCACCGUGGAACUCUACCCAACAGACAGAAGGUCCACAGGUUUUGGCUUCUUGAAUGCUCUAUGCAAAGCAGCGGCUGUGCUUGGAAACUUAAUAUUUGGCUCCCUUGUUGGUAUCACCAAAGCCAUCCCGAUUCUACUAGCUUCUACUGUGCUUGUGUGCGGAGGACUGGUCGGACUCCGGCUGCCUGACACAAGAACCCAAGUUUUGAUGUAACGGUCUGGAAGGAAAAAGCCAUUUAUCAUUUUGUUUCUCUCUUUCCCAAGUGUCAGUUUUCCUGAUUGGUGCAGUUUGCUUUAGAUAGUUCAUGCCAAGAAAGGUGGGUCAGAUAUCAUAAUGACAUGGGCACUGUACCCCAUAACUCCACCUCUCGUGGUGACUAACGCCUAGCCCUUGAGACCUUGCCCUACCAACCCAAUUUUUGCACACCUCCCUUUGCUGUGUAUCAUUUCUUUCCAAACUGGAAGGAAAGCUACCUCCUCCUAAAGCAGGCAAGAGGGAGACAAUGCAUGCUGAAAGCCUUCUCUUUUCAUCAGCAGAGGCCUUUCUAAAAAUGGCUGGAAGUGUCAGAAUGGCUUCAAAUUUUGCCGAAUCAGAUCUCAAAAGCUAAAAAGGGAGCAGGGUUGGUGUAAAUUGUGUGCUUCCUCAGUAGAACAGUGAUGCCAGGUGCAGUCAAUCAGCUUCAAGUAUUUUGCUCUUGCAAUAUGUCAAUUUACAAAGUGAUAUUUAGUGGAAAAACAGUCCCUCCUCAUCAAUUCUCAACUCAAAGAGCUGUUGACUAAGUGUUCACGUGUGACUAGUUCUGCUGCCUCCUGGGAACGUUUCACUCAAUUCGAAAAUAUUGUUUUAAAAUUUGCCCCCAAAUAAUUUUUGAAAUGAUGCCCUGAGGCAUUACAGGAAAUGUAUUGGGGUUGCACUGUUUGCCUUGAGCCUGUGUGUCAAUCAUAGCCAUACAUACCUCUACUGAAGGUGGCCAUGGGGUUAUACCACAGCAUCACAGUUGGUUGCUUGAUUGUAAUUUCUCAUUGAGAAUUUGCUGGGAAUGGGAAAGGAAGACUUAGCAAAGAAUUCCCAUGGAUCAGCUGUCAGUCAGAUGACCCCUUGACCUCUCCCACAUGUCUUGGUCUUUAGCUGUCUUUAGCACAUCUUUCUUUGAAAUCUGAAGCCUAACAGCUCACAGCCAGCAGUUGUAGGAAUUAAAUUAAUAUCCAAUACUCCAAGAAUUAUAUUUUUAAAAGUUUAUUAAUAAUCACCUGAAGUGGAAGGAAUAAAAAAGGAAAUAGAAGUAAAAAAAUCCUAAUUAUCUAACAAAAUUGAGACCACGUGAGCAAUAGUCUCCUGACUCUCACCUCAAGUUCCCCCCUCCACCAAACAGAUCAGAUCAAGAAAGAGAGAGGCAGGGCUACACAAAAUUUAUUAUCUCCCUACAUCAGCACUUAAGGGAAGAGAGUGGGAUGCUGGGAAUUGUAGUUUUUAGGGUAACAGAUUCUAAUUUCACACAAUAAAUCAUCUUUUGUGCCACACACGGUCAGUUUCAAUGCUAUAUGCUUUUGAGCUUGUCAAUUGUAGCUAUUAUGUGAGGCAACAUGACCAAAAGAUCCAGGACUCAGAAGCCACCAGAAAGUGAAGGCUAGCUAAGGAAGGCUCUAGCUUGGGACCAUCAUUUCCAAUAAGCAUUGAAAUAUAGAUCCUAACAGGGACAGCUUUGCCUCUCCUGGUCCCAUGACCGCUGUGAUCUGAACUGUGCUCACUUCAGGCUGUGUACGAAAACUUCUUUCAGUAAUAUAAGUCUAGGACCUCUACUGUCCCUCAUUGUUGUUUGGUCAUUAACACUAGAAUGUCCUGCUGGUGGAAGGAUAGGAAGAACAUCUGUCCAAAGGGAGUAAAUGUUCAGGGCCAGAUUCAUCAAGAAAACUAAAACAAGAAAGGGGAGAAAAUGAAAAAAGGCAGGAAGACUAUAGAAAUCAAGGGGAAAACAGGAAAGGGAGACCUAAAAAAUGGAAAACUAAAGCAAAUAAACAAGACAAUCUGUGAACCACCAUCAAGGGGCAAGAGAGUGGCCAUAAGAAUAGUUUUAAUCUUAUGUUCCUUUGAAAUUUACUCCCUUUCUCCCUCCUGCCUGCCCUUUAAAUCCCCCCUCCCCCUUCUCUUUAAAGGAAAUAUUUGAGAAAUAUAUGAAUGGCAACAGUCAGUCAACUAGCACUUACUAAGCAUCUCCUAUGUGCCAGUCACUAUGCUAUGUGCUAGGGAUAGAGAUAGCAAAGAGACAGCAAAACUAAUCUUUGUUCUUAAGGAACUAACAAGGUUAAUGUUUCUGAAUCCCAUGUAUUCUGAAUCUCUAAAUCUUCCUUACUAAUUAAAUGAAUGUGUAUGACUCUAUACAUAUAGACCAGGCAUUCAUCACCUUACCCCAUCUCAAAAUAAUAUUUUUAAAUGUAUAAAAUAAAAGACAUAGGAGUAAUAGGGAAACCAGGUUGUUUUCAAGGUAUAUGGAAAACCUGUCUAGCCAGUUUCAGGUUUGAUAUUUAGCUGCAGAUUAAGAUAUAAGCAUGAGAUUAAAUGUGAACUUGUGAAUCUAUCCAGUCACUGGAUAGUGAGUGGUCACUCACUGACAUUGGAAAGUAUGGGUGACAUAGCUUUCAUCAAAAAUGAAGAAGAAAAAGAAGGAACUAACAUAUGAAAGCCCAGAAGAAAAACAGUCACACUCACUCCUAAAUUUCUUUUUCUUUUGCCAAUGCUUCUGAAGCUUUCCCAGAAUGGGACCAGAAUUCUCCAUGUCCCCUCAGUGGGAAAAAAAGCACCUUCCCCUAAUGCAAGUUCUGUAUGUCAAACUGUUCUUAUUCUUAUUAUAUUUCAAUUUCAGACACCAGAUUACAUUUAGCAUUGCUGCCUUGUGUGCCAAGCACAGCAGGCAGGAGUGAUCCUGUGUUUAUCUUGUUGUUCUAAGAGCCAUGGAGGGGAUCCAUUACCUAUUAAAAUUCAUCUGAUAGCUAUAGCAAUUAGAGAAGAAAAAGAAAUCCAAGGGAUUAAAGUAGGCAGUGAGGAAACUAAACGAUCAUUCUUUGCAGGUGAUAUGAUGGUAUACUUAGAGAACCUGAGAAAAUCAACUAAAAAGCUAGUGGAAAGAAUAAUUUUAUCAAAGUUACAAGAUACAAAAUAAAUCCACAUAAGUCAUCAGUAUUUCGAUUAUUUUCCAAUAAAAUUCAGAUAAAUUCAGCUCUUUCAAUUCUGCAUUAAUCAAGAUUACAUUUUAGAGGGUUAUCUCCUGGAAGAAUUUCUCCAAGCAUUUGAUACACUCAAUUUACAACUGGAAACAUUAGAGAAUAGAAUAUAAUGAACAGAAAGGAUGGAGAGGCAGUUGGGAUACAACUGUGGGAAGUCAGACGAUAAAGCUCCCAUUUUUCUUUACCCUAACAUCCUCUUUAAACUCAAAAGUUCAAUACUGUCUCUUCCACACAGGGUACCCACCUUUCCUGACUCUUAAAUCUGUCAAAACACUCACUAAUUAUUAAAAAAUUUGGGAUGUCCAUAUCUAUUGACUCUCCUGACUGUGUGUUUGUUCCACAACUGGUACACUUGACAAAGCUCCUAGAAAGGUCUUUGAGGCCAGGAACACAAAGUUCUCAUAGAUUCUGUCUUAGUUGAUAAGUGCAUGCCAAGGGAAUGCCAUCUGCUCCUUUCUGCUAAACCAAAAUAGAAUUAGAUUAUCAGCUAACAAAACUAGAACUGGCUAUUUUCAGCUUUUAUUAUUUUCAAGGAUAAAAAGGACUUUAUUAUUUCUUUCUUCAAUAAAAACACCUAACCUGUUCAUGUAUUAAAAGCUUUAGAUUUCAAAACAAAAAUGUUUGAAUUUGAUACUGACUUGGCAUCAUAGAAAGAGAGCCAGCUAGUCCUUAAAGGCUAGUUUGACUGUAGGUCUAAAUUUCCUUUUUAUUUUUUUUUAAAUCCCUCUUCUAUGCCAAGCUCAUUUCAGUAACUAGAGGGGGUUUGGGAAUAACAUAGCCAUGUUAUAACAACAGAAGGAAAUGUUAUCAACUUGCACCUGAAGGUACUUUGAAAUCAAACCUAGUCUUGAAAUGUUUUUCCUCCUUUCAGGAAAUGUAUGUUUUCUGCCUUGUUUCUCAUGUUAUUCAACAAAUUACAUCUGUAUAAUAUGAGGACGAAAAUGUCAGUGUCUCCUAUGUACAUUAUCUGUCCACUUACUGUUUCCCUGUGUGUGUUUACAAUCGCUUUUGUACUGUUAUCAAUACUGUCUUGACACAUAGUUUAUAUCUGCUCUCACCAAGCUUUACCCAACCUCAAGAAAAAGCCAUUGCCAGUUUCCUGCAACUUACUAUUGACAUGAACAGGCUCUGAUUCAUUUACUAAUGACUGGCUUUUAUUCAAGAGUCCAGUCUCUAAAAUGGCAGCCCACAUUGGGAAUAAAUGGAGCAAAGAAGGGGAUUCAGAUGGUUAGAGAAUUUCUCUACAGCCGAGAUAUUCAUUACACGUUUCUCUGGCAGAGGAUUCAUUCUUUGUGGUGGCUUUAAAGAAGGAGGGAAAAGACACAAGGUUAAUAGUAUCUGUCAUUGAAAGACAAAGAGCAAAACAUCAUAUUGAUCACAAAAGCAAUGAUUUUUUUAAGAGGAGGGAGAGAGGAAUUUGGAAAUUAAAAACAGAAGCAGGACCUAGCCAGCAGGGCAGGAGGCAGGAGUCUGGUACCAAUUUGCCAAUUCAUUCAAUAGGUGGAGCUGCCUAUAUUCACAAAACGACAUUGUCACAUUGGGCAUCCUCAUAGAAACUAUUCAACCAGAACUUGGGGGAAAAACUGGAGAGAGAAAUGGGCAAACCCACUGUUCCUUUCAAUGUUGCUAUGGGAAGAAAUUUUACCCAGAGAUAAUUUUGUAAGGUAAAAGAUCCAAAACAAAAACAGCCACAUUUUGAAAGAUAAUUUAUUUUAUUUUAUAAAUAAGAAAUGAUAUUUGGAAUUGCUUCUAUUUUCAGAUUUUUUUUCUAAGGUUUGUAACUAAAGUGUGUUGGAAACUCUUCCUAACCUAUCAGCCUUGGAAACUUCACUCUAGAGAGCAUAAUCAAGAAAUCCUGUGUUUCUAAUAUUUCCCUUGAACUGACCCACCAGAGGUAAAUUUUCCCUUCUGAUUUUAAAGCUUUCACUACCUAAAGCUUUCUUUUUUUUUCCUGCUUCUCCUUCACAGCUGGGGAUAAAGUAAUCAAGGUGUCCCCCAGGGCAUUAUGAUUUCUGGGGAACAUUUUAGUAAAAGCACAUAGAAACAACACCUCAUGAAAAAGAAUAAUUGGUUAAAAGAGAGAGCUACUCGAUCCCAGGACUGUAACUAAUUCAUCAUCCUGGGCCACUUGAAUCAUUUUCACAUCCUGAAUUACAAAGCUACUCUCCCCUGAGUUUGCUGCUUGCUUUAGGCACUAUGAUUGGUAUGGCUCCACUGACCUUUCUUCCUUCCUACUUGUCUACUUUUUCAUUCCUUCUCCUCACCACACUUAUAUUUUCCUUAUCCUUUUUUUCCUUAUCCACUGCCUGUGCCUUAGAGGAACUUGGAAACAUAGUUGAUCCACAAUGAGCCUCAGAGCGAAUGAAGCUUUUAAUCACUCUUCUGGCAACAUGAGGAUAGAUGGCAUGUGGAUAGUAACUUUAAAGUAUAUUAGGUACCCAUAUAGUACCUAAUGUAGAGUUGGCACCCAACAGGUCCUCAAUGCCUCUGACAUACACUGAUGAAGGUGAUAUUAAAGCAUGGUGUGGCAAGAGCUUCCAUUUGCUGAGAAGUCAUAUACAAUAGUAUAAUCUGUCUCCUGUCUCAAAUUCUUAAGUAAAGACCCACACAUAUGAGCAUAUUUUUAAAUAUAAUCAAAGAUAGUCAUCUGUAUUUGUGAUAGGACUGUAUGAAACAUUGAAAGCUCUAGUGCCUUCCUUCCAACCCAAAUUAUAAAAUUACAGUGGUCAAUAUUCCCCCUUCUUCUCUUUAACAGAAACAUGAGAUUAUGGAAGAUAACCUUCUGUCCAUACUCCUUCCUCAUCCUACAAACAGGUAGGGAUUAAUCCAAGUUAGAACUAAAGUAGAGGGAGUAGCUAGGUGAUUCAGUGGUUUGAGAGUCAGGCCUAGAUUCAAGAAGUCUUGAGUUCAAAUCUAACCUCAGGUACUUCCUAGCUAUGUGACCAUGACUGGGCAAGUUGCUUAACCUCCAUUGCUUAGUCCUUACCCCUCUUCUGCCUUAGAACCACUAUACAGUAUUGGUUCUAAGAUAAAAGAAGAGCUUUUUUUAAAAAGAGUAAAAAAUUGUCCAGCUGAACAAUAAAACUAUCAACUCUUAAGAAAGUUUUAGAAACUGGGCUGACUUCUCACUGGAUUUGUUGCAUGCUUAGAGUAGUGAUUCUCAAACUGUGGGCCUUUCAGAAGGUCUACCAAGUGAAAUUAUUUUUAUAUUAAUACUAAGACAUUUUAGUUUCUAAUAAUGUAAAUAUAAGUAUCUAUGCACACACACACAUAUAUACAUAUAUAUAUAUGUAUAUAUAUAUAUAAAUACAUACAUAAAUAUUGUAACCCCCAUACACAAAGCACUGGAGUAAGUACUCAAUGAUUUUUAAGAAUGUAAAAGGAUCCUGAGGUCAAAUUCUUGGAGAACUGCUGCCUGCCUUAGAGAAUAUUUGGGUGUUCAUCAUAUUCAAGAUAUGAUUGUGACUGCCAUAUUGGUCCUGUAGAGGCCAAGGUACUGAAAAGGAGAGGGAGAGGUAUUCUCUAUGGUCUAAUUUCAUGGAAAUUUGCAGGAGGCUUUUCCACCCUGAGUUUAAGGAAGACUCCUUUUUAAUGAACUCGAGUUUGGUACAGAGAUCACUGAAAUUUAUCUCUAACCCACAGAGUAGUGAAUCAAGCUCUUUAUUCAUUGUAUUCACUUCACCCUCAAAGGGAGAAAUUCUGACAAAUCAGAAGGGAUGCCAAGUACCCUAUUAUUAAAUGCAAUUAAAAGUAAGUAAAACCAACAGAGUUCCCUUUCUAUUUGCAUGAAGCCUGCCUCUAGUCCCACACAUGCACAGGUAGAAGAUCCUAGGCUGAAACUACAAUUCCCCCUCUAACCUGCCUUUGAAGUUCACCAAUCAUGCCUAGGUGCUAGUUGACAUAUUAUUCUAAUUUCCUCUCCACCACCCACAAUUGCUAUAAAUUUAUGGUGCCUAAUCUCUAUAUUAAAUUAAAAAAAAAUUAAAGGGUAAAAAAGGGUUCUUUCUUGAUUGAUGCCCUCUUCACAUUCAAAAAAUCAUUGUGCAUCCCGAAGUCUGACCUGGAGAUAUACUGCCCAGGUCUCCUCCUCUUUGCUCAUGUGUACAUAUUGUAUAUAAAGCAUUAAGCUAUUUUUCAAGUUAGAUUUCCAUUUUGGACACACUUUCAGAUCAACUCUUUUGUUAAGAGAUCUUGGCAAUGGUCUUGACCUUGUUUUUGGUUUCUCUAUUUCUGCUCUGUGUGCUCUCCUGUCAUAUGAGUCCCAGUCACAACUAUUGUAUAUAUGUGCUUGCAUGUGUGUACCCCCAAUAAGUCAUCACUUGCAAGUUUCUGGAUUUUUCAUCCUCAGUCCAGCUUGUCCAAUUGUGAACUCAUCCCUCUGGAAUGCACCUCUUUGUCAGAUUUCUGAACACCAAAAUGUUUGACCAAGUGUGUUUUUACUGAAAGCCUUGAAAGAAGUUGUCUAUGUCUUGGUGGAAGAGCAUGCUCUGUGUAGAAUGACUGUAUAUACAGUAUAAAUCUAUCAGUGUGAAAGUGUACAUAAAUUUAUCUGCCAGAUACCUGACAUCCAUGUAACAAAUGAAAAGAUAACCAAUGUACAUCAGAUUAAUAAAUGGGCAUUUUUGCUCCAUUAUAUUCAAAUAAA